GAGUGUUAGAAUAUGUCAUCGGCAUGAAAUCAAAACAAAUAUUUUAUUAAUUUUAAACAAGUUGUAUUUUUUUAAUUGACUAUUUUAGAGCAUUUUAAAUAAAAACUGCUUUUUGAAAUGUCGGAAGGUAAAAGGAGUAGUCAAAUAUUUACUGGUGCACGAGUUCUAGGUUAUGUCAGUACACAUGUGCCAUUUGUAGCUCGUUUUAUUAAAAGACGAGGUGAAACGCUUUUAUGUACAAGCGUAGGGAAGUGGUUCCAUACAUAUGGAUGUGACAAAUUCCGAUUGCUAAGCGUAAGUGGAGAGCAUCCAGGACCAAUAACUUGUAUGUGCGGUGACAGUUUUCAUGUGUAUACGGCUAGUGAAAAUGAUAUUUACGCGUGGAGACGAGGCUGUGAACUGAAGCACGUAUAUAAAGGACAUCAGGCACCUAUUCAUAAGCUUUUACCAUUUGGCAUUCAUAUUAUAUCUAUUGAUGAAAAUAAUGUGUUGAAAAUUUUUGAUAUUAAGGAAGAAACAGAGUUUCUAGACCUUCGCUUUGAUAAGGAAAUUUUUAAAAUAUCGUCAAUAUGUCAUCCUCCUACUUAUCUUAAUAAAAUAUUACUUGGUAGUGAACAGGGCCAACUUCAGAUAUGGAAUAUUCGGACAGCAAAGUUAGUAUUUACUUUUAAAGGAUGGGAAUCAGCCGUGACUGUAACUGAACCAGCACCCGCAAUCGAUGUAGUAGCUAUUGCCCUAGAAAAUGGCAAAAUAAUCCUUCAUAACCUUCGCUAUGACCAAGUGGUUAUGGAAUUUGUUCAUGACUGGGGUAUGGUUAGUUGUUUAUCAUUUAGAAUGGACGGUGUGCCAAUAAUGGUAACAGGAAGCACUAAAGGGCAUUUAGUUAUGUGGGAUUUAGAAGAGAAGAGAGUCAAAUCUCAGAUUCAGUCUGCUCACUUUUCGAGAAUAGCGGGUUUGCAAUGUUUGACAUCAGAACCAUUAAUGGUAACAAAUUCUGAAGACAACUCUUUAAAAAUGUGGAUAUUUGACAUGCCUGAUGGAGGAGCAAGACUUUUAAAGAAAAGGGAAGGUCAUGCUCUUCCUCCCAAUUUGGUGCGCUACUGUGAACCAACUGGUGAGAACAUAUUAGCCGCAGGUAGAGAUAGAAGUCUGCACAUCAUGAACACAAUAACUGAAACAUUUAACAAGAGUAUGGGAAAAGCAUCAUAUAACAGAAAGGCAUCCAAGAAGAAAAAAAGAACACAAGUUGAUCACCUAAUUCUUCCUCCGAUAACAAAAUUAAGUUCUUGUAUGCAAAGAGACAAGCAAUGGGACAGCAUUGCUUCUAUACAUGAGGGGAAAUACAUAGCUACAACUUGGUCAUACAAUAGGAUAUGUAUGGGAAAACAUAAACUAAAACCACCAGAAAUGGAGAAAGGAAUUUUAGCAACUUGUUUAACGGUUACACAUUGUGGAAAUUAUGUCCUUAUUGGUUAUAGUAAUGGUCAAGUACAUAAGUUUAACAUGCAGUCAGGUAUAUACAGAGGACAUUAUGGCAAUGAGAAAAAAGUGGCUCAUAAAGGAGCAGUAAGGGGAGUAGAGACAGAUCUCUGCAAUCAAAGAGUCAUCACUGUAGGGGCUGAUGAUAGAUUAAAGUUUUGGCAUUUUAAAGCUGCAACAACACCAUAUCAUGUUCUGAGGUUGGAGGAGUCCGUAAACAGCACAAAAUGUCACAGAGAUAGUGGUUUAAUGGCAUUAGCAAAUGAAGACUUUUCUAUUACCCUAGUGGAUAUAGAUACAAUGAAAGUUAUAAGGAAAUUUGAAGGACAUGUUGGUAAAAUUAAUGACAUUGAUUUUGACUGUCAAAGCCGAUGGCUGGUUACUUCAUCUAUGGACUGUACGAUCUGCACAUGGGACAUCCCAAGUGCACAACUUGUUGAUAUUUUUUAUGUGGAACAACCUUGCACAUCACUCAGCAUGUCACCAACGGGUGACUUCAUGGCAACUACCCAUGUUGGAGAGUUGGGUGUCUUCCUUUGGGCCAACAGGCACUUGUAUGAUAAAAUAUUUCUCAAACCAAUUGACAGAAAUGCUAUUGAUAUUCCACAACUUAAGUUGCCUUCUACUGCUGCGGAAAAACCAGAUAUUGAGGAUAUUGGAAUGAUAGAUUUGGGAGAAGAGCCAGAAUAUAAAUCCCCUGAACAAAUUAGCGAAGAACUUCUUACUUUGUCCGGUCAACCAACGUCAAGAUGGCUUAAUUUGCUUCAUUUAGACAUUGUCAAGAGACGCAAUAAGCCGAAAACCCCACUUACUGUACCUAAGUCAGCACCAUUCUUUCUACCGACAAUUCCAAGUCUUGAGCUUGAAUUUGACUUGGAAAAAGAAAAAAAGGGAAGUUCAAAUAACAAACUACUGAUUCCUGAGUCACUUUCAACGUUAACGCCAUUUGCUAAAAAGCUGAAUGCUUGUGAGAAAGUAGAUGAUUAUAAUGAAUGUUUAGAGAAACUAAAAACAUUAUCACCUGCUUCAAUUGAAGCCGAAGUAACAAGUAUGGCGCCUGAUGCAGGUGGAUGCUUGGAAGUUAUGAAACAAUUUCUACAAAUGCUAGAUGUUUUAUUUAAAUCGAAUAGAGAUUUUGAAUUGGCUCAGUCAUAUUUGAGUUUAUUUUUAAAAACUCAUACUAAGAUAAUUUCACAAGAAGACGAAUUGCUUAAAUCUUUGGAUUCAGUUGAAGAAUCUGCAACACAAGCUUGGUCUAAAUUACAGGAUCAUUUGCUUUAUAAUAUAUGUGUUGUGAAAGCAUUAAAAGAUAUGUAAUAUACAAUCAGUUAUUUUAGUU